AUGUCGUCCUUGUACUCGCCAAGCUUCGCCUGCACCAACGGCUACGACAACAACCCCUUCAGCAUCAUGCACACGCAGUUCUACUCGACCAACUGGCUCCGGAUCGACUUGGGCGCUGCCGACGGCUUGUCCAAGGACAUCAGCCGAGUCAGCUUGGUGAGCCGAGCGGACUGCUGCUGGGACAGAGCCAGCUACAGCAAGGUAUACAUCGGCGACGACGACACGUCAGCCUUGAACAACGUCCUGUGCGGCACAUACGGGGCCUUCACCUCUGGCACUGAGCAGCAGACGCUGGAGUGCCGGCUGAGGGGAAGGUACGCGUGGGUAUACAAGGCGUACUCGACGGAGCCGAUGAACUGGGCGGAGAUCACGAUCCGAGGGUGCGACCCAUGCCCGGAAGGUCUUACGACAGAGGGAGAAGGAGCGACGUCGAUCGCCCAGUGCGUCAAUCUGAGCGGCCAUGGCCCUUUCAUCAGCCAUCAGGUCAACUCCAGCAGCUACCCAGCUGGAUCCAAGAUCCCCCCCAUGAACUCCAUGGAGCACUGCCGACUGAACGCGUCGUGGUAUCAGAUCCUUUCCAACAUAGACCGAAGCUCCCGCGCGGUGAAACUGAGCUACAAGACUGGGGGCCUCGGGAAGCUGAUGACUCUGGGAGCGGAGGAGGUCUGGGUAUGUCAAUACGGGCACCCUUGCUCUCAGAACACGAGCAGCUUUGAUCUGCUUCAGGAUGGACUUGACGCCUUCUGCUUCAUCUAUGACGAGAUUGGGGAAAAGUUUCGACCAUGGGGGCUCAUGUCAGAGCUGGGGCUGUAA